CGCUCGGCUCCGUUCGGCCCCGCUCGACCCCGCUCGGCCAUGGCGAAGCGGGCGGCGCUCCCCGCCGCGCCCCUCGGGGACGAUUUCUCCUUCGUGAGCCCGGUGGCCAAGUACGUGCUGUUCUUCUUCAACCUGCUCUUCUGGAUGAUCUCCAUGGUGAUGGUGGCCGUGGGGGUGUACGCCCGGCUGCUGAAGCACGCAGAGGCGGCCGUGGCGUGCCUGGCAGUGGACCCUGCCAUCCUGCUCAUCGUGGUGGGCGUCCUCACCUUCCUCAUCACCUUCUGCGGCUGCGUGGGCUCCCUGCGGGAGAACAUCUGCCUGCUGCAGGUGUUCUCCGUCUGCCUGACCAUCAUCUUCCUCCUGCAGCUGGCGGCCGGCGCGCUGGGCUUUGUGUUCUCUGAUAAGGCCCGCGGGAAGGUCAGCGAGAUCAUCAACGGCGCCAUCGUGCAUUACCGGGACGACCUGGACCUGCAGAACCUCAUCGAUUUCGGGCAGAAGGAGUUCAGCUGCUGUGGGGGUGUCUCCUACAAGGACUGGUCCCAGAACAUGUACUUCAACUGCACGGCCACCAACCCCAGCCGCGAGCGCUGCUCCGUGCCCUUCUCCUGCUGCCUGCACGAUGCUGACCAGGCUGUCAUCAACACCAUGUGUGGCCACGGGAUGCAGGCCAGGAGCUACCUGGAGGCCAGUGCCUUCAUCCACACCAACGGCUGCAUCGACAAGCUGGUCAACUGGACCCACAGCAACCUCUUCCUGCUGGGGGGCGUCGCCCUGGGACUGGCCCUGCCCCAGCUGGUGGGCAUCGUCCUGGCGCGGCUCCUCAUCAACCAGAUCCGCGACCAGAUCAAGCUGCAGCUCUACAACCAGCAGCACCGGGCAGACCCCUGGUCCUGAGCCCGCACCCUCCCCGCGGCACGGCGGCGCUCCGGGGCCA